CUCCUCCUCCGGGCUACUACUACACUCCAAUUCUCUCUCUCGCUCUCUCUGGAGAUGGCGAACUCGAAAACUGUCCUACUUCUUUGCGGCGACUACAUGGAAGACUACGAGGUGAUGGUCCCGUUCCAGGCCUUGCAAGCUUAUGGAGUCUCCGUCCACGCCGUCUGCCCCGGCAAGAAGUCCGGCGAUUCUUGCCCCACCGCCGUUCACGACUUCUGCGGUCACCAGACUUACUCAGAGUUGCGUGGUCACAAUUUCACGCUCAAUGCAACCUUUGAUGAAAUCGAGCCCGGCAAAUACGAUGGGUUGGUUAUACCAGGAGGACGAGCUCCAGAAUACCUGGCAAUGAAUGCAUCUGUCCUGGGACUGGUUAAAGGCUUUUCAAGCUCCGGGAAACCCAUUGCCUCUAUUUGUCAUGGACAACUGAUAUUGGCAGCUGCAGACACAGUUAACGGUCGAAAGUGCACAGCUUACCAAACUGUUGGACCUGCCCUUAUCGCUGCUGGGGCGAAGUGGGUGGAGCCAAAAACGCCGGAGGUUUGUGUUGUUGAUGGCAAUUUGAUUACUGCAGCUACAUAUGAGGGCCAUCCUGAAUUCAUCCAGCAGUUUGUGAAUGCCCUGGGGGGUAAAAUCACCGGAGCAAAUAAAAGAAUCUUAUUUCUUUGCGGGGAUUACAUGGAAGACUAUGAAGUAAAGGUCCCUUUCCAGUCGGUUCAAGCGUUAGGGUGUCAGGUCGAUGCUGUUUGUCCAGGGAAGAAGGCUGGGGAACGGUGCCCGACUGCUAUCCAUGACUUUGAGGGUGAUCAAACAUACAGUGAAAAGCCGGGCCAUAAUUUCACGUUAACAGCUAGCUUUGAUGGGAUAGAUGCCGCCAGUUAUGAUGCUCUGGUCAUUCCGGGUGGUAGAGCACCGGAAUACUUGGCCUUGAACGAACAGGUUCUUGCCAUAGUGAAGGAGUUCAUGAGUUCUGGGAAGCCGGUUGCAUCUAUUUGCCAUGGACAACAGAUCUUGGCUGCUGCCGGAGUUCUAAAGGGAAAGAAAUGCACGGCCUAUCCGGCAGUGAAGCUGAACGUGGUGCUUGGAGGGGCGACUUGGUUAGAACCUGAUCCAAUUCACCGAUGCUUCACCGACGGGAAUCUGGUGACUGGAGCGGCAUGGCCUGGCCACCCAGAGUUUGUGUCGCAACUGAUGGCAUUGCUCGGAAUUCAGGUUUCCUUCUUCUAAUUUUGUUUAGUUCCCAAAAUCCGUACAAUUCUGUCUUGUGUUGUAAACUAAGCUCUCAUGGCCUGUGCUGCACGCUUUGAUGUGAACUUUUUUCUGAAUAAUGUUUCAAGGGGUUGCGAAAAUCAUAAGGUAGCAUCUGGUUAGCAAAGGUAACUAAGGUUAGAGAUGGGAUGGAAAGACUGAAAAGAUUGAAACCUGUGAAAACAGAUCAAGGGAUUAUUGAAGUGGGAAUUCGGAGAGUUUUACAAUUAGGGAAGAUUUGACUUCAAUGCUUUCCGUCCAUAACUUCUAGAGAUGGCAUCACACAUACUAUUAUCUCAUAAAGUUGUUCAGAUGUUGCUAUGCUUGCGUCGUAUUUUCCUUGUAUAUAUUCACACAUGUAUGGAUGGAUGUAUACACAUGAAUGUUCUUAUGACAGCACAAGGAUAGUGUUUCUUGU